AUGCAAGUGUACAAGCAGUGUUCUUACGAGAAAAUAACUCCAGGCAGUCUUACCGGAAGCAUUGUCGCCAACUACUCAGUCAAGCUACCCGGCCGCCAACAAUACCUCAUUCCCCUGGGAGUUUCACUUGUUUUUUCGGCCGUCUUCAUGUUCGGAGCUGUCUUUAUCGUGCCAGAGUCACCGAGAUGGCUGCUGCUCCAGAACAAAGACGACGAAGCGAGGAGAUCGUUAAAAGCUCUAAAGCCAGAGACCGAGUCCGAUAAUGAUAUCAAUGCCGAGCUAGCCUACAUGAAAGCAGCGAUCGACGAGGAAAAGCGGCUCGCUCAAGGCGUGACAUUCAAGGAUGCUUUCCGGCAUCCCGUAGACCGAAGGAGGACCAUGCUCGUCAUCGGUACGGCCCUGCUCACCCCUGUCACUGGAAUAACUUGGCAUGGAACUUACGGCACCUACAUGUUCCAGAUGGCUGGUAUUAAAAAGCCCUUCGAGCAGUCAGUUGGCCUAGCAGCAUCAGCACUGGGGUUCUCCAUCAUGAACACUUUGACAAUCACAAGGAUGGGUUACAGGCGACUUUGGCUAAUUGCAGGACUGUUGAUCUGUGGUGCUUGCAACGUCGUCAUGGCAGCCACUUAUCAAGCUCACCCAGGCAGCCGGGGAUCCGGAAUCGUCACAAUAGCGAUGUUCCACGUUUUCAAUUUGGGAUACAUAGGCAUGGUAUUGACAUACUCACGUCUGAUCUGCGGGGAGCUGCCGUCGCAGCGUCUGCGAGCCUUGACGUUGGGGUUUGCAGUCGGCGCCAACGCGAUUGCGGAAUGGGUGACCAACAUUAUUGCGCCGUACUUUCUGAACCCUGCCGCCUUGGGAUGGAAUGCAAAGUUUGCAUAUCUUUGGGCACCGGGGUGCUUGCUCGGAGCUCUGUGGGCGUAUCUUUAUCUCCCUGAAGUCAAGGACAGGAGGCUCGAAGAAAUUGACGAAAUGUUCUUGGCCCGCCUACCUGCGAAGAAGUUCAGGCAAUACGAGUGUGUGGGAAUCGGUGCGUUGGCGGUCGCAAGUGAUAGCAGCCCUAGCAUCAGUAACGUCGCGGACAAAAAGGACGAAGUGACGGUCAUCGCUAGAGCUGUGAGCAAUUCUGCGUGA